GUUGGAUGUCCACGGCUGCUAUUGUGUUGCUGUGAUGGGCCCACGGCCAUGUUUCAGCGGCGGCAUCAGCCUGCUGCUUUGGUGCUGAGGGAACGGCUUCUCCUUCCCUGUACGUUGCUGGGUGCGAAGGUGCUUUUGUCAAUGUGUGUCAGGCCCCGUUGGACAGCAUAGUAUGGUGAUAGGAGGACGACUUGCCCUAUCAGACGAUGAUCGGACGAUGAGUUGCGCGAUGCAGCUGUGAUAGGAGACUCUGAUUGAUGAUAGCCAGACGAUGAUACUGUGAUGCCUGUAUUGACUGGAUCGCAGCUCGAGAAAGGAAGGCCGAUCUCCAGGAACAACCGGCACACAUCAGGAUCCUGAUGGAUCCAUCGUCGACGGCAUUGCCUGGUUGAGCGGGUGGCGACGCACUACCGGGCACCUUGUGGGUUAACAAACAGAAUAAGUGGAAUUAGUGGAAUUCAGAAGGUGGAAAUAUUUGGGAUAACUGGAAUAAAAUGGGUAAGAGAUAGGCAACGAAUGCGCAAACAAUUGUACCUUUGUAGGUGCACUACGAUACACUACCGCUGCACGACUUUUUCCCUUUCUACCUUUGUGUCCCCUUAAAGCACUUUGUUUACCUCACACAUCCUGUCUCACUUUCACAUACUCUCUCUCUCUCUCUCUCUUCUUACCAACCACAGUCCGUCCAUCGACAAAUACUUUACUCUUCUAACGUCCUCGUUUGCUAUUACCUUUUGAGGCACCACCUCAUCUACUGCACUCUUUAUUUGUUCCAUCGUUUUCAGCUUUACAAACACAAUCCGCAGAUAUGAAGGUCAUCAUCGCCUCCACCCUCACCGUUGGCCUCGCCACGGCCCUCAUGCCCCGCGCCCCCUCUGCGCCUCCCGGAUACUGCUGCUUCACCCUCACUGCUGCCAACCCAACACUAGGCUCCGAUAUCGUUGAGGAGGAUACCAUCGGCCAGAACCGCGUCUUCAGCAACUACCCUGAUGGCGCAUACUGCAUCAACCCCGCCGACGAGGGCAAGCUCUACGACUCCCUUGGACACACCUGUAUCAUCUCCCAGACCACCCAGCGCUUCCAGUGCACCCAGGGCAUCCGUUCGCAGAACAAGUUCGUCGUUGGCGGCAACGGUGACUUCUUCGUGGACGAGAGCAACGACUUCUGGGCCUGCCCAUCGCAGGGACCUGGCAAUGAUGGUGGAUACGAGAUCUUUGCAGAGACCAAGGUGGAUACCACCGGCUGCGUGCCCAUCACCAUGGCCAGCACCGGAGACAAGUGCGCCCCUCCCGCCGGCCCCAUUGGCACCGGCACUGCUCCAGGUUCGACUGGCACUGGCACCGCACCCGUCCCAACUGGUACCGCCCCAGGCUCGACCGGCACCACGGUCCCAGCAUCGCCAUUGCCCACCGGCGCCAAGUUUGGCCACGCCGCCCACCGAGCUUUCAACAACAAGAAGAUCGUGGAUGGCCUGAAGGGUCUAGUCGGCACCGGAACUGGCACUGCUGCCCCGGCCCCAACCACCACCGACACCCCCCAGAAGUGCGCCCAGACCCUCACUCCUGGCUCUUUCGUCGAGCCUAAGUUGAUCGUCCCGGUCUCGCGCGAGGAUGCAGGACACCCAUACGGCGAUAUCGCUUCCCCCAUCAUCACCCCCUCUAACAACACUCUCUUCGCCUUCACCACCCCAGAUGCCUGGACCGGCACCUGCUCUCUCCUCUUCACCUUCCCCUACGCUUCUGAGACCGCCAACCCCGGCGCGUACCACUUCUCUGGCAUCGAGGAGGAGAAGGCUGCCAGCGGUGGACUCAACUUCAACCACGUUGAGGCGGAUAUUGACGCCAACGAGACCUGGUGGACCAAGCCCGAGCUCAAGGAGACCUACGGCAAGACCGAGAUUAUCCCUGGAAACAGCUACACCAUCGCCACAUUCCCUUGCAAGGGCGGAGAGACCCUCGUCUACGACGUCAGCAGCGUCGCCGGCGUCGAGCUGGAGUUCGAGCAGAAUGCCAAGAAGAGCCCCAUCGGCCUGUGGGUCACCAAUUGUUAAAUACUGUUACCGUUUACCCCCAAAAAUUGCGCACGCUAUGGCUGCGUGUGCGUUAUAGCUGAGCGCCCCUGUAUAGAUUGCAGCGCGCUGUACCGUACCGAGUAGAGAUCCUACCAAACCUUGUUUUUUAUGUUUUUUCGAGAAGGAAAAAGGAGAUGAGGGUAUAUAUAUCAGGUUUUAUCGAGAUGUGGGAGUAGUAAUGGUGGGGGGAAAUGAGAGGACUGGAUGGAUGACAGUGAUGAGGGGAUUCCUUUGUGGCUCGCUGAGCUGGACGAGGCGGGUGCAGAAGAGGAUAGGUUAGAAUACCCAUCGUCUAUUUAAUUUACUUGAAACCUG